AUGGCUGAUACCGGUGUUUGUUUCACCUCGAUAGCAGUGGGAACAACGCUAGGAGGCAUUAUAUUGGCUACAAUUGUGGGUAAUAUUCUUGUGGUUGUCGCCGUGUCCAGUAACAGGGUAUUACAUACUGUUUCAAAUAUAUUCAUUGUCUCGCUUAGCCUGGCCGAUCUGUUGGUAGGCACUGUUGUCAUGAUACCGGCUAUGCUCAACGAAAUAUAUGGCCGAUGGAUUCUCGCACCGGAAUUCUGUUCGAUUUGGGUCUCUUUUGAUGUAAUGUUGACUAGUGCUUCGAUCCUAAACGUGUCCUUAAUCAGUUUUGACCGUUAUUUGGUGAUCAUGCGCCCACUCCGAUACAAGUCCUUGAUGUCCACCACCAAAGCUCUUGUGUUACUCUCUGUGAUCUGGUUCAUAGCCAUUAUGGCCUCCUUUCUACCCAUAGAAAACGGCUGGCACUACAUGGAAGCCACCUUGGAGAACCUUACGGCCAACUCCGACACCCCACAAUGUAUAUUUGUGGUCAGCCUCCCGUUUGCCGCCACUGUUUCUUCCCUGACAAUUUUGCUGCCGAUUUUAAUAUCAUUCACCUUGUAUUACCGCAUUUCAAAGGAAGCCAACAGGCAAUUUUGUUUACUUCGAAUGUUGGCCACGCCAGGCAAUGUUUUACUGGGCAUGCAGAAAGUGCCGUCAAAAACUGUGAGGGAAACUUUUACGCGAAAAGCCACUAUAACUUUAGGAAUUAUCGUGGGGGCGUACGUUUUGACGUGGGCGCCAUUCUUAACCGCAAAUAUUGUGGAAGUGUUUUGUCGCUGCGUUCCUCCGAAAGUCUUUAAAGUGUUUGUGUGGCUGGGUUACUGCAACAGUCUAGUCAACCCCAUUAUUUAUCCGCUGUUUAUGAGGGAUUUCAGGAAGGUUUACUUUAGGUUUCUGUUUUUCUGUUUUCCAUUCCUCAAAGCCUUGAAGAAAUACGAGCGUGGACACAGUGAGAGACAUGUAAAUAUACCGAUCAAAUGA